GCGCGCCCGGCGUCUUGGCAACGGCCUGCUCCCGCCAUGCCGGUCUGGGUACGAGACUUCAGCUGGGAGCAGACGACCGAGGCCGUGCGCCUGACAGUGCCCGUGGGGGCCCGGCGCCCCCGCCGCGACGGCGUCUUCUGCACCGAGCGGUACCUCAAGGUGAGCGCACCCCCGUUGCUCUUCGAAGCCGCGCUCCACGCCCCCGUCGACGCCGAGCGCAGCCGCGCCGAGAUCCGGGAUGGCUUCGUCGUCUUCACCCUCCUCAAGAAGGAGGCGGCCCCGUGGGCGUCCCUGCUGGCGGAGGACGGUGGGGGCGAAACGAAGAUGCGGGAAAUCCGCGAGGAGGCUGUACGCCAAGCUCAAGAGGAGGCCCGGGCGAAGGCGGAGGCAAAAUCUGCGGAGAAACGGGAACGCGGCAAAUUUGCUCUGGAGGCCACCAUCGAGCUAGAAGAAGCAGAAAGAAAAAGAAUAGAAGAGCUGAAAGAACAGGAACGAAAAAGAGCUACUGAGGAGAUUGAGGCAUGGAAAAGGCAGAAUGAGAUGCAAAAGAAAAUAUAUACUAAGUGCCAGUUGCCGGAUAAAAAGACAAUAGUCCCCAGAGAAACACAAGGGUGCCAGAAUUUGGGAUCUUUUGCUGGAAAGGGAGCAUCCAAGUCAGGAGCAUUAACUAAAGCCAGAAGUUCUGGAAAUUUGUUUUCAGAGAAGAUAAAGGAAGACUCAGUUCCUUCUCCACGUCCUCCUGGUAGCAUUAGGAUAAAUUUUACGCCUCGUGUCUUUCCAACAGCACUUAGAGAAUCACGGAUCCCAGAGGAGGAAGAGUGGCUAUGUAAACAAGCAGAGGCACGCAGGACAAUAAACGCGGAUAUUGCUGAGAUGGAGGAUUUGAAAGAAGAGGAAAAGAACCCAGAGUGGUUGAAGGACAAGGGAAUUAAAAUGUUUGAAACUGGCAACUAUCUGGCUGCUGUCAAUGCUUACAACUUGGCAAUUCGUAUUAAUAAUAAGAUACCGACCUUAUAUUUGAAUCGAGCUGCUUGCCACCUGAGGCUGAGAAAUCUACAUAAAGCAAUUGAGGAUUCCUCCCAGGUAUUUGUUUCUGGCUCAUGGCCAAUGUCUCCAUUGCAUUCCCUUUUCCCUUGUCCCGGAUUAAACACUGGAAUAUUCUCUUCAACAUUAUUACUGUACAACAUUAGCCAAUGUCUCUGGAAAAUUUAUCAUCUCCUAGUUGUGCAUAAACAAAAGGUGAAAAUGAAAAUCUGUCACCAAAACAUAGCAAUUAAUGUCUCAUAUUCUGUCUUGUAGUUUGCCUUGAACAUUUCUAAAAUAAUGUGGUUCCUUCUUUGAUGCAAGAAUCUUUUAUAUAAAAAAAUUUAGAACUCGGGAGGGGGGGUAUAGGUUUUUAAAUCCUAUGCAUUGAUUUAGAAACUUCAACAUAAACGCUUUAAUACAUAAGCAUAGCAAUGGGGCUAAGAGCGGAACUGAUGUAUGCAAGUGCGUCACUUAGGUUCCUUCCAAGGGCCAGGGUUAGCU